GGAAAGAGAAAAACACACACGACGACACGCAAACUCAAUGGGUUGGUGGUCGUCAUCACCGCGAGCACCGCACGUGGACCCGGCAGGCGAGGCGCACAUGCAGGACGCACAAGACGUCAUCGCGUCCAUCUUCGAACCCGGCAACCACAGCUUGACUUCCUCCACGUCCGAGUUCGCACCGCGUGAAGUAGUUCCCAAUGGCACGCACAACGGACGAACUCCCAGCGAGUCACCUUCCGGCGGGUGGCGAGGGUGGACACGGCGAACGAACGCAUGGCUGCCCUUCUCUCCCUCCGCACCGCCAGACAACAGCGAAGAAGCAGAAAUCGUCUCUCCUUGUUCGUCCACGGCAACCACAUCUGCUAGCGGGACGACCUCUCCGCCGCUUUCGUGGGAUCAGCUUCCGCCUUCUCCCCUGGCGGGGUACGAGCUGACAAAGCGGGGCCUGGUGGAUCGGCUCCGCACCCCGCCACACACGCUGACCCCCGCCGAGCUCCGAGACGUGAUUCGCGAACUUACCAAAGUAGAGCAGCAGGCCAAGUACGACGUGGACAGCAGCUUUUCCGGGCACCUCGGCAGCCGCGGCCUGCACGGACUGGAGCUGCUGGUCAACCCGUGUCUCUUCCUCACCGGCAUCUAUCUCAUGACGUGGAAGACGGCACAGCUGUACAACGGUGCGCUGCCGCAGGAGUCGCUUGUCUUCACCAAGGUCAUGUCGCUGCGGCGCUGGCGGAUGACAGCGGAUCAGCGGGAGCAACUCGCGCAGCGACACCGCCUCCUUAUGCGGGCCACCAACGCGCGACUCGUGCUGGCUUUCUUGGCCGGUUUGGGGGUGUUCAGCUUAGCGUGGGUCUCGCGGCCGUCGCGGAACGUGAUAGAGGAGGCGCCGGAUGUGCAGGUGGCAAAGGAGACGAUUGCGUAUCAGCGGCACGCCGAGGCCUCGCUGAAGUGGUGCUGGUACGUGUACUACCACCACCCGGCGUACCGUGGGGCACGGAAAGAGUAA